UUCCUCUACUUCAGUCAGUGUCGCAUGUGAGCUUAUUUGUGAGGAGGUUCUGUUGCAAUCAGGGAACAAAUUGUGUUUUGCCAACAUCAUGAACUGUGAGUGUUAUAAGACCUCCCGAAGUACAAAGCGAAGGUGACUCUGAAUACUGGACAGCAUGGAAACAUCAGUGGGAAGGACGACAGGUCGGGUCUCGUACACCCAGAGUAACCCACUGUUUGACAUGUCAGGCGGCAGCAGCGAUCUGUGCAGCAUCCAGUCUGACCAUCUGACGCCAGCGAAGCCCAGAAGAAAAUGGUGUUUGAAGGUGAUAGUUGUUUAUCUCAUCCUGCAGACGGCCCUUAAUGUCUUUCUCCUUUAUAAAGUUUUCACAUUGGAGUCUUCACUGUCUAGCCCCAAAUCCGAGAAGUUCAUGUUCAGUCGCCUUUCUCUGGGUGAUGACAUCCUCCAGACUCUUCACAACAAUAGUCAAGAAACCCACACCCUGAGUGGUGACUUAUUGGCCUUGCAGAACCAGGUCAGAAGCCUGUGUGGAGAGAAGGGUGAGCUGUUCAGGCUGAGGGCUGACCUGAGCCGGCUCAACACAAGCAACAACAACUUGGAGGGCAAACUGAUGACCAUCAGCCUCAAACCAGGACUUCCAGGUCCUCCAGGUACAAAUGGGUCACGUGGAUAUCCAGGUGUGCCAGGAGUGAAAGGUGCCAAAGGAGAUGCUGGCCAUCCGGGACCACAAGGUGAAAUGGGACUCAAAGGCGACCCAGGAGCUGCUGGUGAAAGAGGUGAGUUUCAAUAUGAUAAUCAAUGUUAA